AUGCGAAGCGAAGACCGCUCGGGAUUGGAACGCCCGGACCGCUGGUCGGACCCACUAAAAUCUCAGAACUCGGGUCCUGUCCCCGUCAUUGUUCGGCGGCAGCUCCCCGCCAUCCACCAUCAACGGCCGGAAUCCGCCACCUACAUCUCCGGCGCAAGCGAUGUAGCAGCCAACAACAAUGUUGCCAACAACCUCAGCAACCCACCACUCAUCCCACUGUCCACUCCCCCUUCCCCCCACUCCAUCCUCGGCCUUGAUGUGCUUUUCACCAACCCCGUCUUCGCAGGCGGCAUUGGCCUAGCGGGUCUAGGCGCGGCCGCCGCCUUUGGCCGACGCGUCCUCAUCUCGGGCGCCGCCCUCCUUCGCCGCCAGCUCCUCGUCAACGUCGAGAUCAGCAAGCGCGACCCGUCCUACAACUGGGUCCUCGCCUGGCUGGCGCAGCCGCGCGACAACCGCGGCUUUCUCGCGCAGCGCCUAACCCGGCUGCGGAACCUCUCGGUCGUCACGAGCACCAAGUCUGUGAGUCCGCGAGGAAUAGCGGAGGAAGCGGGCGGGGAAGGUGGUGGGAAGAUUCACGCCGACUUUUGCGUUCAGCCGGGGUUUGGGAGGCAUAUCGUACGCCAUGCGCCGGGGGUGUAUAUUGCGGUGAACAGGGAGAAGGCCGGGACGGCAACGACGGCGACGGGCGAGCCGCAUGAGACACUGACGCUGACGCUGAUGUGGAUGCACCGCCACGUGCUGGCCGACGUAUUUACGCAGGCUCACGCGCUGGCGCAGAGUUUUCAGGAGGGCAAGACGGUCGUAUACACGGCCCGGAAGAUGGAGUGGGCCGUGCUGGGCAAGCCGCGGUUGAAGAGGCCGCUGGGGAGCGUGAUCCUCGACGAGGGGGUGAAAGAGGGGCUGGUGGCGGACGUCAAGGAGUUCCUGAAGGCCCAGCAGUGGUAUACCGAUCGUGGCGUGCCGUACCGCAGGGGGUAUCUGCUCUAUGGCCCGCCGGGCACGGGCAAAACCUCAUUUAUCCAGGCGCUAGCUGGAGAGUUGGAUUACAGCGUGGCCAUGAUCAAUUUGAGCGAGGUCGGCAUGACGGAUGAUUUGCUAGCGCAGUUGCUGACGCAGCUACCCGAGAAGAGCAUACUUCUGCUGGAAGACGUGGACGCGGCGCUGGUGAACCGCCGACAGAGAGAUCCGGACGGGUAUAGUGGGCGGACAGUGACGGCCUCAGGGUUGCUCAAUGCCUUGGACGGCCUGGCUGCUGGCGAAGACCGGAUCGCUUUCCUCACGACGAACCACAUCGAUAGGCUGGAUCCUGCCCUGAUUCGGCCGGGGCGGGUCGACAUGAUGGUACGCAUCGGCGAGGCCACGCGGUACCAGGCGGCUCAGAUGUGGGAUCGGUACUACGGCGAUAUUGAUGAAGACCACUCGGGCCGCGAACGCUUCUUGAAGCGGCUUGACGAGCUGGGCUUGUUUGGUGGCGACGCUCAGAACCCCAACAUCCCAAAGAGACACACCUCGACCGCGGCUAUUCAGGGCUUGUUCCAGUUCAACAAGGGAGAUAUGGAGGGUGCCAUCAAGAUGGCUGACGGCCUGAUCCCGCGGACCUUUGAGCCUGAGCAGCCCUCUGCGGAGGGAACCAUAAAGGCCCCAGCGUAG